UAUCAUGCGUCUCAAAUCCACACCAGUAACCCCAGUGUGUGUAUGUGUGUGUGUAUGUGUGUAUAUAUAUAUAUAUAUUUAUAUAUAUUUACAAGAAAUGACUGGGGUGCAGAAAAUGCCAAACUAGGGCAAGCUGACACUAUUUAUGUGGUUUAGGAAUGGCUGAAUCCCCUGUUGAAGAUUUGUUAUUCUGCCCUGCACUGGGGGUUCUGACUGAUCCUACUCAUUGCAGGGUAAGUAGCUGGGAUGUUACUCAUUGCUGGUUAAGUAGUUGACACUAUGUAUUUAUUGCAGGGUAAGUAGUUCGUAUGCGCCGGGACAGAAGCCACAAGUGUAGGUGGGCGGUGCCUAUUGAAAUCUAGUUCCGCCCACUGAGCCCGCAUCUCCCAUUCACAGAAGCUCAGAGCCAGUACAGCGCUGGGUCUCCGGUUGGCAUCCGUGUGUCCUGCCCUGGGGAGUCGCGUUCUCUCCUCUCUCGGCUGGGGCUUGAGGUGACCCUGUGCUGCGGCACAACAUGACUCUGACUCUUCCUGCUGCUGCUGCUGCUGAGUGACAGCUUUCCUGUGCCAUCAUGGCAUCCCCGGAUACUUUCAGCAUCUCUGCGGUGGAAAUGGAGAAGUAUUAUAUCCUGCAACAGAGUGUUGCCCUCAUGGACACUGCCCUGCAAAAGACGGUGGUUCCCAUCUCAGCUAAAGACAUUGCUGAUCUGUUGAUGAAGGAACUUGCUUUUCUUUCUGGAGGUCGUGGAAAAGACAAUGGCUGGAUCAUCACAUUUCCAGAAAAUGCCACAUUCGAUGAAUUUCCAGAAAGUGUUGUACAGAAAGUAUUAACAUACCUAACCUCUAUUCCAAGUAAACAAGAAUCAGAUGUUAAAUUUAUUGUCAUAUUGGACAGAAGAUUGGAUACAUGGACGUCUGUAAAAUUAACUCUCCAGAAAUUGUCUCACUCAUUUCCAGGGAAUUUGCACUUGGUUUUGGUUCUACGGCCAACGGGUUUUAUUCAGCGCACGUUUACUGAUAUAGGAUUUCGUUUCAGCCAGGAAGAAUUUAUAUUGAAACUACCGGUUGUUAUGCUGAGCUCUGCAUCAGAUUUGUUACAUUACAUUGAUGAAAAGCAGCUGACUCCUGAGUUUGGAGGUUCACUGGAUUACAGGCACAGUGACUGGGUUGUCUUCAGAACAGCAAUAGAGGGUUUUGCAUUGACUGUAAAGGAGAUUGCACAGAGGCUACAGUCCUUUGGGACAGAACUGGCUGAAAUUGAGUUACCCAGGGACGUGUAUUCCAUUGAACAUAUCCUUGCUAUUCGCAAUGAAAAAUACUUCCAUCUGAAGGAGGGAAUUAUGUCAGUGAUGAGAGAAGGCAGUUUGCUACUAAGCAGCUUGAAUGGGCCAACCCCAACAUUAGUGGAAGAAGGGCAACACUGUGAAAGAAAUGGGGACUGGGAGACCGUAAAAAGGUUGCUUGCACAGUUGCAUGAAAUGGAGACAGCGUUUGAUGGGUUUUGGGAGAAGCACCAGCUUAAAACGGAGCAAUAUUUAGAACUUUUGAAGUUUGAGCAACAUUUUGAAGAGUUGAAGAAUACCACUGAGUAUCUGAGGUACCAACAAGAAAGUAUCGCAGAUACAGGAGAUAAUGCCCCUGAAGUACGGCAAAGACUAAUGGAUUUAAGUAACCUUGAGGAAAGGUCACAGGAGUUAAUAAGAAGAUCACAGAUGGUAAUUUUACAUGGACACCAGCUCACUGCGAAUCAUCAUUAUGCUCUUAAUUUAAUAUGCCAGCAGUGCAAUGAGCUACGGCACAUGUCAGACAUUUUGUCGGAAGAGAUCAAACGGAAACAUGCUCAGCUCUCUACUACACUUGAACUCCACACGAGAUUACAGCAGGUCAUUGAAUGCUGUGAUAAAGGUGCAUAUUUCUUAGCUAACCAGCAAAUGGAUAAGUGCCAGUCAAAGGAGGGUGCACAGAAGGCUCUUCUGGAUCUUGAACAAUUUCUUGAAAAUGCCAGUCUCUAUGUCACUUAUGAUCCUCAGGCCUUGGAGUAUGAAUAUGAGAGUAUUUUAACUAAUGAACUAAAGACUAAGAUUCAAAGUGUUCAUAACAAGAUAGAAAAUGUUCGAGUUCUAUUUGACAACAGGCAAAGUUGUCUGAAGAAGUUAGCCGAUAAGCAAGUAAGGCCGGUCCAGCUGGUCGCUCCUCGUCCUGAGAUGCCUCCCAGAUUAAAAUCACCCCUUUUCUCGCCUAAACAUGGUAUGGAUUUCAAUCCAACUCUCAAGUUUUCUUUUGACAUCACUCUGCCUGGAAAAAGGACCACGAGAAAAAUACAAACAACACGUAAGAUUGAAGUAAUGCAUGAUUAUCAAGAAAAACGCAAUUCUGUGCAAUUAUUUAUUUCGGAGAGUGAAGACAGCUUGGACAUCCUCAAAGGGCAUGUCAUCCAUGAGUUAAUAGAGACAGAAAGGAUUUACGUGGAAGAACUUUACACUGUAUUGCUGGGAUAUCGUUCAGAAAUGGAGAACCCAACUAUGAUGCACUUUAUGCCUCUAUCACUGAGAAACAUGAAGAACAUUCUGUUUGGAAACAUGCCGGAGAUCUAUGAAUUUCAUAAUAAAGUAUUUCUCCAGAGUCUUGAAAAUUGCAUUGAAGCUCCAGAAAAAGUUGGGUUCUGCUUCCUUGAAAGGAGGGAGGAUUUUCAGAUGUAUGAGAAGUACUGUCAGAAUAAGCCACGAUCAGAUUCCCUCUGGAGACAGUUUUCUGACAGUGCAUUUUUUCAGGAAUGUCAAACAAAGUUGGACCAUAAACUUGCGCUAGAUUCUUAUCUUCUAAAACCAGUUCAGCGUUUGACCAAAUACCAGCUAUUAAUCAAGGAAUUGCUAAAAUAUAGCAGUAAUGCCGAUGGGGGUGAGGAACUACAGGAAGCCCUGGAUUCUAUGUUAGAUCUAUUAAAGUCUGUGAAUGAUUCCAUGCAUCAGAUUGCGAUAACAGGUUAUAAUGCUGAUAUAAAUGAACUGGGAAGAAUACUUAUGCAGGGCUCCUUCAGUGUGUGGAUAACACAUAAGAAAGGCCCCACAAAAAUGAAGGAGCUUGCCCGCUUCAAGCCAAUGCAAAGACACCUCUUCCUGUAUGAAAGGGCCCUCGUGUUUUGUAAGAAGAGAGAGGAGCAUGGAGAUGGACACGAUAAAACUCCCUCCUACAGUUUUAAGCAUAUUUUAAAAAUGAAUACAGUUGGAAUCACAGAAAAUGUAAAAGGAGACAGUAGAAAGUUUGAAAUUUGGUACAGCAGCCGAGAGGAAGUUUAUAUUGUACAGGCCCAGACACCUGAGCAGAAGACAGCUUGGCUGGUUGAAAUCAGGAAGAUAUUAACAAGGCAACAGGAACGUAUAAAAGUUCAGAGGCAGAAAUCGAAUGUAUCCACAGACCAGCGUUCAUUGUCACCACCAACAAAUGAAGGGAAGCUGCAGAGAUGUUCAGUGAGUUCUGAGGAGAACGACUCUGAAAACAGCAGCCCUGUAAUGCUGGAAGGCUUAAACCUCUCACCUGUCCACAAGUCAUCAAGAGGCUGGACUGGAAUGUCACAAUCUGUAGAAAUCUGCGAGGGGCUUGAUGACUGGUCCAACAAUCACUGCUCAUGUCCCUGUUCGGAUACAGAAGAAGAGGACACUGUCCAGCUGUCUCCUGGUAAAUAUAAAGCUUUAGCAGACUGCAAGAAAAGAGGCUCUGAAGACAUCUUGGUGAAAAAUGGAGAUGUAAUUCAGCUUCUGCAGGAAGAUGGUGAGGGACUGUGGUUGGUGAAGAAUUUAAACCGAAAAAAAGAAGGCUGGAUCCAUGGGAACAACUUGCAUAUAGUCAUUGGUGAAUGCAGAAUACGUGCAGCCAAAAUGUCAGAUGGAGUCCUGUGUAGCACCAGGAAGUUAAGUUCCCCAUAAAACUCGGCUGCUUAUUUGGGAAACUUCCUUGGCGCCUGGAUUUGGAGGUGCUGUUACUAAUGACUCUCACCUCAUUUUAAACAGCAUAAUGAGACACUUUCAUAAUCCCACGUGACAUUUUUAAAGUCAUCAUUUUGUAAAAAGGAAUUCUGUAAAUACAGUGGAGUCAUUUGUUUCCAUGUUCCAUGGCUUUCAUCAUUUUUUCCCAUCUUGGAUAAGGGAAGGUUUUUAAUCAGAUGUAAAUAUGUGCAUUCCAGACGCUUCAUUCCAACCUUUUGUUUUUGAGUAAAACAUUUACACUUGAAUCUUGAGGAGUGCACACACUGAUAUGGAUACUUAUGGUGGCACCAAUGGACUUUUAUCUUAUUUUUCUUUUUGUUUACUUUAUAUGAGCUUUGUGAUAUCCUUGAAGAAUUUCACAAUUGCACAUUUAUUUUGACAAUCUUCAUUUUCUGGUAUAAUGUGGCCCAUUGCAAUAAACCUUGGCUGACCAUCCUACCUUCCCGAGGUUAAACAUUUUGUAUGUUUCUUUAUGCAUUAUGUAUGUUUACAUAAAAUGUUAUUUAUUGAUAAAAUGAUGUUAUACCACAUUGUUUAUUGAAAUUGCAAUCCAUAAUGCACGAAGCAGUCACACAUAUUAUAAGGGAAGGUGUACCUUUAUACAGUACGUAAUAUUUAAUAAAGUAAAAAAAGUGAUUAAA